AGGAGCUCAAACGCAGGAGUUAGCUCGCAAUUAUCCACUAGACAUCGAGCAACGGUCGAAUUUGGUUGUUAAUUAUUUAAUCAACACGGGAAAUAUUAACUUUUAUCGAAAUUUAACAUGACGACGUAUAAUUGACUGUUAUAAGUUAGGCUGUCAGAACGUAAUUCUGGUUAGUCUAGCUAAGAUUAGCCCUCUCGCUAAGCAGCAUUGGUUAACACAGUUUAGAAAGUUAUGUGUUACAACACGGGAGGAACUUGUAGCAAUAGCAGCUAGCAGUCAGCGAGGCUACACUGCUGUCGUUCAUGUGCUCACUGUGGUGAACUGCCGCUGUUUAAACAGGUUUUCUUCGAAACUGGGGCUGUCUACGAAGCGUUCACGACAUGUUGAACAUUCCGACCCAGUCCUUCCCUGCGCCCAGCUCCCAGCAGAGGGUCUCACCGUCCGGCCAGUCCGGGAGGAGUAAGGUGGCCUUAAAGCCUGGCCACAGUCUGAUGGACUGGAUCCGGUUUUCCAAGAGUGGCAAAGAUCUGACAGGACUCAGAGGGCGCUUGAUUGAAGUCACCCAGGAGGAGCUUCAGAAACACAAUACCAGAGAUGACUGCUGGACCUGCAUUCGAGGUAUGGUGUACAACGUGACCCCCUACAUGGACUACCACCCUGGUGGAGAGGAGGAGCUGAUGAAGGCAGCUGGGAUAGAUGGCACUGACCUGUUUGAUCAGGUCCAUCGAUGGGUGAACUAUGAGUCCAUGUUGAAGGAGUGUCUGGUGGGCAGGAUGGCCACUAAGGCCACCACAGCUAUUAAAGCCAUCGUCCCUCCUCCACCACUGACCGGCCUUGCCCCUCCUACCUCAGCAGCUCCUCCCCGAGACAAAGACUCAACGCCUCGGUACGACUGGUUUCAGACUGAUGUGACGGUUAAUGUGGUCAUUUACGCCAAAAGAAAGAUCCCCAGCUCAGGCUGCACCGUCGUCGACCUGGAGGCCGGUGUUCUCCGACUGGAGGUCCUGCUGGGGAAAAUGUCCUACAUGAUACAUUUAUGUCUCACUGAGGACGUUGAGGGAACUGUUUCUGUUCACACUGCGUUCUCCGUGGGAAAGAUACAGCUCAGCAUACGCAAGCAAUCUAAAGGAAAAUGGACCAGUCUCGGUCAACCACUGGAAUUCCACAACACGUUUCUACGCAAAAAAGACAGAGCUCCCUACUAUCGGGACUGUGUGUUGGUGUCGAAGACUGAGGUGAACCACAACACCCACGUGUUCAGACUGCAACUCCCACGUGGGACCGUCAUGCAUGUGCCUGUUGGAAAACAUGUCUACCUCAAAGCCCUCAUUCAAGACACAGAGGUAGUGAGGCCAUACACUCCAGUAGACCAGACCAUGGCAGCUGCCUCCCUCCGCUCCUCACAGGACUCAGACCUCUACCUCAUGAUCAAAGUCUAUCCUGAUGGAGUGUUCACCCAACAUCUCAACAGCCUGCAGCCCGGAGACCAUGUAUCCGUCAGUGGUCCAGAGGGGACGUUCACUGCCCGCCCCCUUCGUGAUGUCACAUACCUCUACCUGUUAGCAGCAGGCACAGGAUUCACACCCAUGGCUCGCCUCAUCCACCUGGUUCUGCAGGACACUGACAGCAUCAGAAACAUCAGGCUGCUGUUCUUUAACCGGCGGGAGGUGGACAUUCUGUGGCGCUGCGAGCUGGACCAACUGGCUGCUAAUAAUGAGAGGUUCCAGGUGGACUACGUCCUCUCAGAGCCCUGUGAGAGCUGGACUGGUAGGAGGGGUCGGGUGGACGAGUCCAUGCUCCAGGAUUUCCUCAACAGGCCGGACGGGUCCAGAUGUUAUGUGUGUGUGUGCGGCCCCUCUGCCUUCACUGAGCUAACUGUAGGGUUGUUGAAGCAGCAGGGCUUCAGUGACGAGGAGCUCCACGCCUUCCAGGGCUGAGCAGCUUCACCCCCACCCAGCUCCACCCUGCUGAGACUCUGUUCGUCUGAGAGAGAGAGAGAGAGAGAGAGAGAGAGAGAGAGAGACAGAGACAGAGAGAGAGACAGAGACAGAAUCCUUAUUUAAAAACUUGUGUUUGUGAGACAUGAAAGGAAAAUCAUAUUUCUAUGCACCGAGGAGCUGAUGAUGCGGACAGAGGACAGACAAACCCCCCAGGUCUGAUCACAGUCACAGAGUCGUGUGGGUCAGUUUAUCUGAGUCAGUGGAUUUCAUCAGAACUGUGAGCUGAACCUUUGUGAAGGUGUCAAAUAAAAUAACAAGACAAAGAGAAACUGAUGAGAUUGUGUAAAUGAUGAAGUAUGCACCAGCAGGGGAGACCCUGCAGAUCCUCAAUGUUCCUGUUACAUGAUGCUGCUGCAGGAGAAUGAAACCGUGGUGAACCAGAACCACAGGUGAUGACUCAGAGUUAAACCUGACUGGUGUCUGGACUCCAGUCAGGUUUAACUCAUGACGUUCACCUUUACAAACAGCUGAUCAGUUAAAGAGAAACUACACACAGACUGAAACCUGCUGCUGCCUCACACACACUGACAUGAGACACUUACAGAACAAUGUUACUGGUGCUGAGCACAGUCCAAUCACACACUGACGUUACACUGGUUGUCAGGCGGCCUGUUGCUGUGGUGACAGUUUAGUGUUAGUACUGUUAGUGAUUGGCUGUUUAUUUAAAGUAAAACUAAAACUUGUCCCGUCAUUUAGUUUUUGAUAAAAAUGAAUAUUGAAAAAAAGUCUUGUGAAGAAUCAGUAUCAGAACCAGCACCAGGAAAUAACAGCAGGUACAUGCAGGAGGGACAGAUGAUGUCACAUGAAAUGAACAUGGCAUUAACAUGAAGUCGUGUAGCACUGGAUCAUAUCAGUACAGCAGAGCAGACGGAAAUCUUCAGCGCACAGCUGCUGUUUAUGCACCGAAAACUUCCUGUCAUAUUACGUCUAUGAAUAAGCACUGAUAUAUUAUCUGAGAUAUUAUCAGUAAAACCUUGUCGACACUGCCAGGACAGAAGUGUGUAGUUCUUUUUUUUGUUUUUGUUAUUUUUUGGCCUUAUUCGGAUAGGGACAGUGAGAGAUUGACAGGAAAGUUGGGGAGAGGGAGGGGAUGACAUGAAAAAGGGCCAUGAGUCAGACUCCAACCCAUGGCCGCUACGAUGAGGACUAACCUUAAGUGGUACGUGCUCUACCAGUUGAGCCACCUGAGUUCUGAGUUUGGUACUAAGUACUGAUGUGCGACUGAAAACGACUUGUGAGCCGACACUGUGACGUCAUCAUUCGUUUAACUUCACUCUGCACUUGAUGAAGACUUAAACUUUCAUUUGAAGGUCAGACUGUUCAGACUGUUCUUACUGUAAUAAACACAACAGCAUCAACAGCUUGUGUCUGAUCAUCAUCACUGUCAGUCUGACGAUGUGUUGUUAUUUCUUUUUGUAAAGCUCUUUGUCAAGAAA